UCGUGUUUUACUUUUUCUCUCCACGUGAAGAUUGAAUCAACUUGUGAAAUAUCUAAAAACAACACAAUAAACGAAAUACCUACCAGUAAAACAGUCAUGGCGGUUCGUGUACAAUUCGAAAACAAUAAUGAGGUGGGAGUUUUUAGUAAAUUAACCAAUUCGUACUGUCUCGUCGCAAUCGGAGGUUCGGAGAAUUUUUACAGUGUUUUUGAAGCAGAAUUAGCAGACACAGUGCCUGUCGUGCACGUGAGUAUCGCAGGCUGCCGAAUUAUUGGGCGAAUGACAGUUGCGAAUAAAAAUGGAUUGCUCGUACCAGCGUCAACUACAGACACAGAAUUACAGCACAUCCGCAACAGUUUACCAGACAGUGUUAAAGUGCAACGAGUAGAAGAGAGAUUAAGUGCCCUCGGGAACGUCAUCGCUUGCAACGACUAUGUCGCAUUGGUGCAUCCAGAUCUCGACAAAGAUACAGAAGAAAUACUCGCAGACACAUUAGAUGUGGAGGUUUUCAGACAGACAGUUGCUGGGAACGUUUUAGUAGGGUCUUACACAGCAUUGAGCAACCGAGGUGGGCUAGUGCACCCCAAAACUACAAUACAAGAUCAAGAUGAGCUCUCAUCCCUAUUGCAAGUGCCAUUGGUUGCGGGCACAGUGAACAGGGGUAGUGAUGUGGUUGCCGCAGGUCUUGUUGUCAACGAUUGGAGUGCCUUCUGUGGUAUGGACACUACUUCAACAGAAAUAUCAGUUAUUGAGAGUGUAUUCAAGCUGAACGAUGCUAAACCAACUGCAAUCACAUCCACCAUGCGUGCCUCUCUGAUUGACAGUAUGUCAUAACAUUAAAUAACACUGUACUUAGGCUAUGUAAAAUUUAAUCCAAGUGAUUUAUAUAAGUUUGACACAGAACAGAUGUAAAAUUUCUGUUGAACAGAUAAUAAAAAGCAAGAACUUAUCAAUAAAUUUUUUAAGCCA